AUGGCUCCUCCGUCGCACGCGGCUGCCGCUGCUCUUCGGGCUCUCCAGUGCUCCGGACCGGGAGCUGUUGAUGUCGCCACCGACACUUCGGGUCGUCGUCCGGCGCGCCAGGCUCGUUCGGCGGGUGCCCCCGCCCCUAUCGCCGCUGCUGCUGUGCCUCCAGCCCCGGCCGCGCCUGCAGGUGACCCUACGCUCAUUCCUACCGCCUCCGGGACCUCGGUCGACCCUCCACCGGCUCCUCCAAGUAGUCCUGAGUCUGCUGCUGGGGCGACUGAGACUCCCUCGCCGGCAGUUCCCAGUGAAGAGGCUCCCGACUCGCCGCCGACACCGCCGCCAAGCGCCAGCGCUCCACCGUCGCCAACUCCCGCGCCUUCUGUCACGUUGGCAACUCGCGGGGCGUCGGUGGGGGGCGAGGCAGCUGUAGGGGGUCGCGCCGGAGCUGGUGCUGGCCCGGCCGAGGUUCCUCCGACAGCGGUCGUCUUGGGCGAGCAGCAGAUGCUGGAACUCGCUCGUCUCGUCGUGGGUGUUGCCCAUUCACCUCCAGCUCGAGUCAACGCUGCUCUCGACCGCAGCCUGCAAGCUGCCACUAACGUCGGUGAGGUGCUGGCUGCUGCCGUUGCUCCUCCGCGUCUCCCUCUUGCGGAGGUUGAUGAACUGGUGGCCCUCCGUCGCGAGAACGACAGGCUACAGGCAGAGCUCUCCGACGCCAAAGAUAAACUCGCUGAAGAGAUGGACCUGCGGACCAAGUCGGACUACUUCCUCGUCUCGGCCAACUCUGAGUGCGACCAAGCUCUGGACCUCGUCCAGGACAUGCGCUCGUUGGAGAAGCGGACGCUCGUUGCUGAGGCCGAUUCGGCCGCUGCUGUACGUCGGAACACCCAGCUCCACGAGCGUAUAAGUGCAAGCCUCGUUACCUACAACACUCAGUUGGAGAGGCUUCGGAAGCAGUUGGCCGACCGUGACCGAGCAAACGUCAUCCCCGCACGCAUUCACGCGUUGACGGACGAGAACAACAGCCUACGGCGAGCGAAUUCUAUCCUUCGUCGGCACUCGGCAGCACACGGACUCGACGUCGACACCUUGGUCCUGGCUUCAGCCGGCAUCUCCGCUGCAGAGAUUGAUUGGAAUCUUCUCGGGCUAUCCCCACCGACAGUCACUGUCGAGAGUCCACGCCAUGACGAAUCCUCGUCAGAGGAGGGAGAGGAGUCCAAGACGACCGACGUGCCGAUGGCUGAGUCCACCGAGGCUACGUCCACUCCCGCUGCUUCGGUGGGCGCUUCUGCUGGCUCCCCGGUCUCCACUGAGUCGUCAUCGCGCAAGCGGGGUCGGCAAACCGAGUUUGCUUCCGUCGGGAAUACGGCACCCCAGCCUCCUCCUCACAAACGCUUCGGCAGACCGUCAGUCGACCCGAGGGCCAGGGCUGCAGCGGCCGCCGCGCCAUCUAGUCCUCGUUCAGCAUCAGGAGAGAUUUCCCCGCCUCCUCGGUCGAUGGUGCGUCCUCCAACGACGGCUCGCUCAAGCUGGUUGGAGUCUCAGCCUCUCCCGUACGAACACUCAGACGUCCCCUUGUAUCCUCGGCUGGCCAGUCGCGCCUCGCCUCCCUCGCCAGCCCCAGCCCAGCAGCAGGAAUCGUCUGACGUGGAGUUUGGAGGGGAUAUGAGUCCUAGCGACACUUCACAAGAUGACCUUGAGCCCGGCGAGAUUCCGGAGGUGUCGGCCAGCGCUCAGGGUGUUCAAGGUUCUGCUACCGAGCCUUCCGGUACUGUCAUCGAGGUUCCAUCCGAGGUUUCGCCUUCGGCGGCGACUUCCAUUCCUUCGCCAGUCUCGUCUGGUACAGCCGGCGUUGGCCGUGCCCCUCGAGAAUCGGCUGCUGGGGUCACCGAGGGUUCUGGCGGCCCGCCAGGCCGUUCACCUAGCGGUGAGUCGCCUCAUGAGUCCGAGACUUCCGAGAACCGCGCAGCGUUGUUCCUGGAGAUGUUCGGCCCCGACGAAAGAGAGGAAACCUCGGUGGCGCAACCUGUCGCUCCUUCGGAGGCUCCUUCUCCUCUGGCUGCCGCGACCGGGGUUCCUGUAGCUUCACGAGCGGCCACCGUGCCACUCCCGAGUCGACUCCACACUCGGUCGGCCUCUGCUCACGCUCAGGCGAUGGUAACAGCAACGGUGACAGCUUCACCGAGGGAUGGACCUGCGUCGAUUGCCCCAGCCGUGGUUGACGCUUCCGACGUAGCUCGUGGAUCGCGUAAGCUCAGUGGGCUUGCUACCCUGUUCUUGAGGCCGGGUUUCACGGUACCCGGGGCGUCGGAAUGCUGGCAUCUCAUCCAAAACGCCAGUGUUCCCCUCGUCUUCGAGGACGACUUGGUCGCCCCCAGUUCAGUGGAUGGAAUCGUGGAGUUUGGCUUGUGGACGGAUCCUGCUCACCCCUUCCAAGUGUUGCGCCAGCUUUUCCCAGACGAGCCUUGUUUGAUCGAUACGACGGGUUUUCCAUCCUCGGUGGCUAUAUCCCGUCGUGCAACUGGUCAGGCUCUUCUCGUUCGCCUAUGGCGGCAGUUCCAGGGGGGUAAAGCUGUCAAGGCGUAUAUCGACAACCUCGCCAGCAUCCUCGGUCAGCGCAACGUGCAAGUCCUAGCGCUUCGACAAGCGUGGUCCAAGUACCACCGAGAGCGCAGUUAUCGUGCAGAUCGCUUGCGAGACCAGAUGCUCCACAAGGUGUGGAAUGGGACCAUUACGUACGACGGACAACCUCCACAGCACCGCACCGAGGUUUUGCUGGAGCCGUCGUACCUGCAAUACUCGUUCGAGGUGAUGGAGUGGGUCCCCACUACCGACGACUGGGCCUCCGAGGUGGCGGACGUGGAUGCCCACGAGCCGUGGCGUAACUGUUGGUUCCAAGCGCCGGCAGACCACCCCUACAACACGGCUUUCGCCCCUUGCAACGACGUCCCGUUGUUUGUCCCCAACGGAUCGACUCGGGAAACCGUGGCGUCGUCGGUCGUGGUUGAAUCUUCUCUGCGGACUUCGAUGGUGGUCGCUCCAUGGGUGGCCGAGUUCGCAAACGCUCGUCGUUCUCGCUCUCCAAGCCCCGAUGAGGAGACGAAGGAAUCGGGUGUAGCUUCUUCCGCCGCCGGGUCAAGUCUGGGCGUGUUGGCUCAGGCUGUGAUGGAGAUUUAG